CAAAUAUGUUGAUAUAAUACGAUCGUGUCAGUCGAUAAACAAGUUAUACACUGCCACAUCCGCGAAAUGGACGUCGCACCCAUUGGAAAAGUUAUUCCGCAGCACAAGAAGAAACCCCGGCGACGUGGACCACGUCUUACAGGCGUCAGCAAGCAGCGCCGGGUGGCGAAUGCACGUGAAAGACGCCGGGUUGAAAUUUUAAACAUGAAUAUCCAGAUAUUACGACAUAUGAUUCCUCUUCCGCCGCAGGAGAAGGAACCUUCUAAGACUGAAGUGAUAUGGCUAGCUGUAGAUUACAUCACAGAGCUCACCAAAAUGUUGGAUUCUGCUGAUCAGUGGCAGGCUGAGCUUGAAAUGUUCGAUAUUGACUCUUUGGAUAGCUUAGAUGACAGCCCUCUGUUUAAUUUGGAAGGUUGGUGUUACCGGCUGAAAGAAAUGGGAGGGAAUGAGAGUUGUAGGCUGUUAGGUUUUAGGGUGUGUAUGCAAAUCAGUUGGAAUGGCAUAAUCCUUCUAAGUAAGCCAGUGACUUUUUAAAUUGACGUUUAAAGAACAAUCCAUUUUUAAAGGCCUUGUUAAUGACUUUAAGGUUUUACCUCGUGAACGGUAAUCUUCGUCUAGUUUCACAAAAUAUUAAGAGAACCCCUGGCUCCAGGUUAUGCUUUUUCAGGAGAAAUAACUCAACCUUAGGUAAUGUACCGACAUCAGACACCAUGCAUAAUGUUUCCCAUUUAAAUUAGAUCCCAAUUAGUGAACUGGAGCCGAAAAAGCUUAGUUUGCGGGCGAAAGAGCUAAAGGUUGUCCAAACAGUAUUUAUUCCGUCGUCACCUUUAUGCAUUUUGUCUGACAGGAUCAGUACUCUCCUAUUGUGCGCCGUAAGCUGAAACUUAUCAGAUUGUUUAUUGGGCUGAUAACAAAUUGAUUCUUUUCUUGUAUGAAAUUAUGGUGUAUUGAGUGUUCUCUAGUGAGGAAAUAUCUGCAAGAAAUAGCGUGGACAAAAUCAAUUUUGCCGAAGUCGGCAUUUUGGCUUCCCUCUGAGAGAGGCGAACCGUGUCGUGAAGUAAUCACAAAGCGACAUAUCGUAAUCAUUGAUCUUGCCUAGUAUUAAUUAGUAGAUCUUUAAAAUUUCUUGUUGCGAGCAGAUAAACUUAACGAAGCCACAAUCUCCUAGACUGAGGCUUUUGUCGAACUCCGGUGAUUCAUUGUCUCCCAAUGUUUAUCAAUUUUUAUGAUUGAUGAGCUGACAUUGAACUCUCCUUUUCUUUCAGAUUGUGCGCCAUUGUCUUUUUGAGUCGUACGCCUUUCCAAAAUAACGAUGCGUCCAAACUUGAUCACUGAUGGGACUGAUUUUCUAUUUCAUAGCAAGAAUUUUAGUGAAUGUUUGUGACACAGAACGUUUUAUCCUCACAAUGAGGAAUCACUGGGUGCAAAUUAAUGUAAUGUCAAUUAAUUACUUCGGUCAAGUUGUUGUAAAUUUAUGCAUGGCAUGAAUUUCGAGGGCACAUAGGCAAUACUUUAUUUACUUACUUAAUAGAUAUUGCUGUUAGAAUUACACAGUUUGACUGGUACCGAUAUGCUAAAAAUAUUGAAAUAUUUCUGCUUGAUAUUCAAGCACAAAAAUCAUUGAUAUUUGGGUGUUACCCAGUAAUAUGUUUGCGCAGGCGCAUUAUUGUCAAAUAAAAAUAUAGAUCUAAGAGUAAGCGUAGGUGCCUUGUUUUUACUGAAGAAUUCUGCAUUCAAACUUGCUCUAAAAUUAUUUUUGCACCUUUACAUGAAAGG